CGUCGCGCCAGUCCACGCGGCGAGGUAAACAAACAGGCAGGCGAGGCGUGCGUUCUCUUGUAUUCGUUGACUUUCCCAGCCUCGUCAUGGUGAAGCUGACCCCGGAGUUGAUCCAGCAGUCAUCCCAGCACAUCAACCCGCUGCGGGACAGGGAGCUAUGCCUGAGAGGCUACAAGAUUCCAGUCAUAGAAAACCUUGGAGCCACACUUGACCAAUUUGACAUCGUAGAUUUCAGCGACAAUGACAUCCGUAAGCUGGAUGGGUUUCCGCUCCUCAAGCGUCUGAAGACACUGCUCCUCAACAACAACAGAAUAGUGCGAAUUUCUGACAUCCUGUCAGAAUCAUUGCCAAACCUGCAAAGCCUUUUCUUGACCAAUAACCUGGUGCAGGAGUUGGCUGACCUGGACAGCCUGGCAGGCCUCAAGAAGCUGGAAUAUGUGUCUCUGUUGGGUAACCCUGUCACCACUCGUGACCAUUACCGCCUCUACCUCAUCAACAAAGUGCCACAGGUUAGAGUGGUAGACUUCCGGCGGGUGCGGCUGCGGGAGCGGGAGAUGGCCAAGAAGCUGUUCAAAAGCAAGUUGGGGAAAGAGAUACAGAAGGAGGCCAAGAAAGUACGAACUUUUGUACCGGGAGUACCUGGCGGCUCAUCAGACACACGACCUCCUCUCGCCCAGAUGAGUGCUGAGGACCAGGCUGCCAUUCGUCAGGCCAUUAGCAACGCACGCUCCAUGGAGGAGGUGGAGCGCCUGCAGCACAUGCUCCGCACUGGCAACAUCCCAAGUCGCUCACAGCCCACCAAGCGACGACAUCCAGAUGAAGAAGAGGAAAACUGAGAUUUUGGUCACCAAAUAGGAAUGCAAAGCGAAUUAUUUUUUUGUUAAUAUGAAAUGAUGUGUAAUUACACAAUCAUCAUUGCAGACUAGGUAAUUAGGUUAUAUGAGCAUUCACCUCCUCUUUGGUAAGUAUAUUAAAUAAUAUUAUUGAAAUAAUGCAAUAAUGGGCCGAUCCACCUGACUCAGGCGAUAAGAACAGAUACUUGAGUUUGGGUCAACACUGAUGCAUUGUUUUACUUGUGUUUGUCAUGAUGAUUGUAACAGUUAGGCUGAGAAGCAGAUAAAAUUAAUUCAAUAAAAAUGUGAUUCCUUUCUUA